AUGACGACGAUGAUGAAGAGUAUUGCAGUGCUGUUGGUGGCUCUGGGAUGCUGCACGUGUGAACCCCAGGCUGACCCCAGCAGCUGUGCUCUCUGCUCCGUUACUCAAAGCAUCGCCAUGGUAAUGGAGAGGGUGAAGGUUCUGGAGACCAGAGUGGAGAAGAGCGAGAUGGAAGUGGAGGAGCUGAGAGGCCUUAUCGGAGGUCAGCCUCGGGUGGCUUUCUCUACCGCUCUCAGGGACUCUGGUUCUGGAGAUAUCGGACCCUUCACUGUGGCCACCCCUCUCCAAUAUAAGAAGGUCUUCUCCAACAUCGGCAGUGGCUACAAUCCAUCCACAGGUGUGUUCACAGCGCUGGUCAAAGGAAUGUACUUCUUCCGGUUCUCCAUGUUUAACAAUCUGAAAUCAACCCCCAACUCUGUUGUGAGCCUGAUGAAGAACGGUGAGCGUCUGGUGUCCGUCUGGGAUACCAGCGGGUCAGACAGCAACGACAUGGGCAGUAACGCCGUGGUGAUCGCCUUGGAGGCCGGAGACAGCGUCUAUGCAGAGCUCGCAGCCAACAGGGUCGUCUACGAUGACGGCAUGAACUACAACACCUUCAGUGGCUUCCUGCUCUUCCCCAUGUAGACUAGCUCUCAUGGUUUCAGCUUCACGCACUGCACAUGUACAGAGGGAAGUUAGUAAACCCUGUAGACUUGGUCAUUAAAUAUGGUCUGAUCUUCACUAGAAUGGCAAGAAGGAAGA